AUGCCGUCUCAAACCAGCUGGCGGGAACUAGACGUGGCUGUUAUCGGAGGCGGCAUAGGAGGCCAAGCUACUGCCACAGCCCUGCGCCGCCAGGGCCACAGAGUAACAAUCUAUGAGCGCGCAGACUUUGCUGGCGAGGUUGGAGCUUCCAUUUCUUGUGCCGCGAACGGAACCCGUUGGCUUGAGGAAUGGGGUGUCAAUAUCGCGCUCGGCGAUCCCGUUAUCCUUCGGAACUUGAUCAGUCGCGACUGGAAGACUGGCGAGGCUAUAAACGUGUACGACUUGUCAGAUUACAAAGAGAAAUGGGGAUAUGUAUACAACAUGUUCCACCGACAGUAUAUGCACCGCAUGCUUAUGGAUAGUGCGCUCUCGGAGAGCGGUGAAGGGAAACCAGCGAAGCUUGUGGUCAACCAUAAGGCCCAGGAGAUUGACCUUGAAACUGGAGAGAUUACCUUCACCAAUGGCAACAAGGUAACUCAUGACCUUAUCAUCGGGGCUGAUGGCAUCGGGUCAGCUGUUCGGGUUGCCUUGGGCGUCACGCCCAACCGGCGGCCCGCUACUUGCACAUGUCUUCACGCCAACGUUGAUACCGACAAGGCUGUCAAGCUGGGGCUGGUCGACUAUUCUAAGAACAGCGCGAUUGAGUAUUGGGGUGGCUACAACACCCAUUACAAGAUUGUGCUAUCGCCGUGCAAUGGUGGGCGGCUCUUAUCGUACUACUGCUUUUUCCCUCGAGAGGCGGGCGAUUUGACCGCACAGACUUGGGACCAAGAGGCCACUGUCGAGGAGCUGUUGGCUCCCUACCCUGAUCUGGACCGGCAAGUCUUUAAACAUCUCGAGAUUGGCUAUGAAGUCCGGCCGUGGCGCCUCUGGAUUCAUGAGCCGUACCCACUCUGGCAGAAAGGCCUGGCAUGUAUAAUGGGAGAUGCUGCCCAUCCUAUGAUGCCAGACCAAAGCCAGGGCGCAUGCCAGGCAAUCGAAGAUGCGGCUGCCCUCGGACUUGUGUUUAGUAAAAAGCACUUCCAGGGCGAUAUCCGCGAGGCUCUCGAAGUCUAUGAGCAGGUCCGCAAGCCUAGAGCUACAAAAGUCCAAGCUGCAUCUGCGAGGGCUAGGGAGAACAUCAACGAGCGAAUCGGGUUCUCCAGUAAUACGAAACUCCCGGUGUACAACGUCUCAGACGAGGAGAGCAAGCUCACAAUUGAGGAGAUGAAUCUGUAG